GAUUCCGCUCUCAUCAGUACGUACUCACUGGCGACAUCGAGAAAAUGUAUCGGCAAUUCCUCGUACGACCAGAGGAUCGGAAAUAUCAAAGGAUAUUAUGGCGCAGCGCGAGUGGAGAAACAGAAACAUAUGAGCUUAACACAGUAAUACUCUUAUCAUAGAAAUAGAAGCAGUCCUCAAUUCCCGCCCGCUGACUCCUAUCUCCACCGAUCCAAAUGAUCUCCUAGCCCUCACUCCCGGACAUUUCCUCAGUGGCGAUUCAUUAAUGUGCUUACGUGAUCGAGAUUUCAGAGACACUCCAUCGAGCCGACUCUCCAAAUGGCAGCAUAUCCAACAGCUUAAACAACAUUUUUGGAACCGCUGGCAUAAGGAGUAUUUGAACGAGCUAACCAACCGCAAUAAAUGGAGCAAGGGUGGACACAGCAUCCAAAAGGGCACAAUCGUCAUCCUCAGAGAGGACAACGUUCCCUCCAUGCAUUGGCUUCUGGGCCGAGUUAUCAAGGUUCAUCCAGGCGCCGAUGGUGUCAUCCGGACAGCUACAGUUCAGACGGCAAAGAGCAUUUUGGAUCGGGGCGUCAAAAGGCUUGUCCCACUGCCAAUUCAACCCGAUCUCGAGAAACCCGAACAACUAGCCAUCGAGACGAAAUAAGAUGGGAACCUCAACCACACCUCGCUAGUUUGAUCGGUACCCUCUCAACGGGGGGAGAAUGUUACGCCAUGCGGCUUACCAUAGGUCAUAUUCUUAACUAUCGAUCGCGGCACUAUAAUGUCGCAGACGGAUCGUCGCGUCUGCCCGGCAAACAAACAUUGUAGUGGCAAGCGCAUGGUUCAUUAAGCAGGGCGACUUCCAGAAACGUCGACUCGUGGCCCGUAUUUUACCUCGCUUAAAAGAAUGUGGCGUGAUCCGAACGUAGUGGGGGUCGCCUUCCAGAAAAAACGAAAAAAAUCGAAAGGCGUUCAGAACUUUUCGAGAAGUCGAACCGUCAACACAUGUGAAUGUACCACACCGGACAAUCAAGAAGGCAGGUGCCUUGACUACAGAAAAUGUAAACCUCUGCAAGAAAUAUGGCAGAUACAGUACCGUACAGCCACCGAUUUUUAUAGACGAUCAGUGUGCAGAUACCAGGACAAUGUUACGAUCGUUUGCUGUCCGAACGAUCCAAACAAAGAGAAGAGAGAAAUUUUAAUAAAAACUGUGUAUAAGUAUAAGGCUUUGCGACCACCAUACUGUGGUUUUAGCAACGUCUCUCAUACCAGGGUGGUCGAUGGUAAACCAGCUGAACUUGGCGCUUGGCCAUGGAUCGCUGCAUUAGGUUUUCGUAAUCCCCGAAACCCAGACAAACCACUAUGGAAGUGCGGAGGUUCCCUGAUAUCGGCUAGGCAUGUUUUGACCGCAGCACAUUGUGCACAUAUGGAUGGAAUAGAAAACAUACACAAUCAUAAUAUUGUCAUUCUUAGAUUGGUGGAGGAGGUGCCAUUUUCGAGGUACGUAUAUCCCAUUUGUACGAAAGAGCCCCUACGAAAGAGCAACUUCGUCGGCUAUAACCCCCUUGUUGCUGGAUGGGGAGCAUUAAGAUAUAGACGACCACGACGUAAUGCAUUAAUGGAAGUACAAAUGCCAAUGAUUAAGAACGCCGAAUGCAAAAUAGCUUAUUCCAAAUUUCCUAAUGCACCUGAUAUCACUGAUGGUAUAAUAUGCGCCGAACAUGCUCAGGGUGGAGAGGAUUCUUGUACGGCUGACCGCGGCGGACCACUGCUGAUACAACAUGAAUUAACCUCGUAUUUAAUAGGCUGUUAAUCUAGAGGCUGGAGUACAAAGAAGUGGCACAAUGAUGUGGGCUGAUGACAUUUAUAAUUAUCAAGGAAUCACCCCUACAUUCGCUCAGAAUUUUAAUGAAACUGUCCCUUGGGAAGGAAGAACUGAUACCUUGAUAUCACGGUUUGUACAUCCUAUAUAUACGACAAAUUUUAGAACAUUAUAUAACGAAGAACCAGAUCGUCGUGGCCAUGUGAUGUGAAUAAAAGGACUUGAAUUUGAUGAUAUUUUUAUAAUGUUAGAUAACAUAACUAAGUAUCUUCACAGUAAGAUAGGAUGACAUGGUUUACAUGAUCUUAAUGUUGUUCACUCGAGUGAUGAUAUUAUAAGGAAAAGCGUAAUAUCACAGGAUAUUUAUGUUUAGUAACCAGUAAUUCAGAGAUUGGUAUUCAUGGUUACUAUAACGAGGCUGUAGAAACGCACCCUUUCUUCUUUGCAAAUGGUCCUGUAUUUAUGUCUAAGCCGAAACUGGAACCUCUGAAUAAUUUAGAUUUAUUCUUGUUAUUUUCUAAAAUACUUAUCUACAGUAUACCAUAAGGAAUGAUACCGUAUCGCACCUAAUCAAGUGCCUUAAGAAACAUCAACAGGAUAUCACAGUAAGUAAUCCCUUAUCGACAGAUAUUUGUAGCCACUACAAUAUCUAUGACACUGGUAGUAAUUAUAAGAACAAUAAUGAUGUUCUAUAAGAGGAAAUGAUGAUUAGGAACAAAAACUUACAGAAGAUAUCAUGCGGUGGAUGGAUAAUAUGCAAAAAAUAUUAAGCAGUAUAUGAAUUUUCCUAUUGCGUAGAGAUAACAAAAUGAAUUUUAAAAAAUGUCGACACGGUAAUAAGAAAUAGCA